AUGGCACGUGCCCCCAGAAAAGAGACGGGAAGUAAAAAAACAGCGAGAGACUGGCCCCAGAUGAAGUUUGGGAAGAGGGAAAGUAGAGAGUCCCCGGAGAACCUUGUGAAAAUAGGCACAUUCUCCCACGCGGUGAAGAACACGAAUAUGCUCGUGAUCCGGCUUAGCGAGGGCGUAAUCCCCUUCUUCAACGCGGGAGUAUACGGGGAGGGAGAGAGAAAAGUCGCAGAUAUUCACGAGAUAUUCGGGAAGUUUAACGACCAUGUAUACGCAAGCAUCGUUUUAGACGGGAAGCUCAGCCCGAGUGCGUACGGGGAGGGAUCCGUCUUUCGCGCGGAUAAGUUCAGAUGCCUCUCCUUCGACAGAGUGAAGGGGGCGAGCCAGGUCCAGGAGGUGAAGAAGGCAGCUUCUCUCCCGAAGCAGUUCGUCCGCGGGAGAGGGUCCAACUUCAGGACAAACGCACAUAAUGAGAGGGCAAAGCAUCACGCAGACGCUCAGAUCAGACAGACGAGGAUGGAGAGCAGGGACAGCCGCGAGAAGAGGAAGGAGUUCGCCCGGAAAACAGUCGAGAAGAGGGGAUCAGCCCUCAACCUCCAGAAGAGAAAGACAUUCUCCUACGAGGAAUAG